ACCCCCUGCUCUCUCUUCCCCCCCCCCCCCCCCCCUCCUCCCGCCCGCCCGCCCGCGAGGCCGUCUCGCUUCCUCCUCCUCCUCUUCCUCCCCGCGCCGCCAGUGCCUCAGCGCCGUGCGCCGAGCUCAGGUCGGCGGCUGGAGCGGGAGCGCCACACCCCCCUUGCCGGAGCCGGGCAGCCGAUGGCGUUCUCUCCCGUGGCCGUCGCCUCGGAGGUGUCGCCGGAGCCGAGUGGCAGCGGAAGCCUGGGCGAGGAAGCGGAUGGAGAGAGGGAGCCGCUGCCGCGGCUGGGCGAGAGGCUGGUGCCCGGCAGCCGCCUGAAGGAAGUGGUGGGCGCGUCCUUGGCGUCGCUGUGCCUCGGCCCCCUCGCCGGACCUCAGCGCCUCGGGACCCUCGUGGACUGCCUGGUGCUGAACUACCGCCUGCGACAGGGGCUGGGAUGGAGCCGGGACCGCGGGGCCGCGGCGGAGGGCGGGGGCGCGGCGGAGGGGCCGCUGCGCUGCUGCGGUUGCGGCAGGUUCCUGGGAGAGCCGGUCACCGUCCCGUGCGGGCACACCUACUGCCGCCGCUGUCUCCGGAGGGAGCUGCGGACUCGCUGCCGCCGGUGCCGGGACUGGCUGCUGCCGGCGGGGGGCACCAGCACGGCCGCUGCCCCGCUGCGGACCAGCGUCGUCCUCAGCCAGCUGGCGGAGAAGUGGUUCCCGGGCGAGUGCGAGAGGGCGAGGACCGGCAGCCGGCUGGAGGAGCUGCUGGACCAGGGCCGCUUCCGAGAGGCUCUGGGCGCCGCCUGCCAGGCUCUGCGAGCAGAUUCUGGUGACUUGAUGCUAAGAAUUUACAGAGCUGAGUCAUAUGCUGGCCUCCGAGAAUAUAAAACAGCCAUAGAAGAUCUAAAUUUUGUUAUUUCUAAAAUGCCAAAUUGGCCAGAGGUCUACUUCCGGAAAGGAAAAGUGCUGCAGGACUCUGGCUUUGUAGGUGAUGCCUUACAACUGUUUCUACAGUGCUUAGCCCUUGAUGAGGACUUUCUUCCAGCCAAGCUAGAAGUAGAAAAGACACUCUGUGAUGUCCUUUCACCAGAGAAGUUGAGAGAGAGUCUGAAGGAGUGUGCUUGGAAUUUGCCACAUAUUCGAAAUAAAGCUUUUAUUCUUGGCUCUGAGGUGACGGAGUCUUACUGCAAUUUACAGCUUUGUCCUGAGCAGAGUUUAGGAGGAUCAGAGGUACUGGAGCGUGUCAGUGGAAGCUUAAAUCGUGCACAGUCUGCCCAUGCUCUUAAUUCAACAGAAGACCUCACCAAGGAAAAUGGCUUAAAGAGAGUGUCUUCUGAACCCCUCCUCUCUAGCCAAGAAAAAGGCGUUUUGUUGAAAAGAAAGCUUUCCUUUUCAGAACAGGAUACGGUUGUAUGUGAGGAUGGAAGAAGCAAACACAAAAAGCAAGGAGAAUGUACAAAAAGAGACAUGACACUGGCUUUUGGAACAAUUCCAGGAGAUUUGAUUGAUGUAUCUGAUUUUGAGUGCUCUCUAUGUAUGAGGCUGUUCUUUGAGCCAGUGACAACCCCUUGUGGGCACACUUUCUGCAAAGGUUGUUUGGAACGGUGUUUAGACCACGCUCCUCAGUGUCCCCUCUGUAAGGAGAGUUUGAAAGAGUACCUUGCAAGCAGAAAAUACAGCAUCACAGAAUUGUUGGAGGAGUUAAUAAUGAAAUAUUUGUCUGAUGAAUUAUAUGAGAGAAGAAGAAUUCAUGCUGAAGAAACUGCUGAACACUCAAACUUGACCAAGAAUGUUCCCAUAUUUGUUUGCACUAUGGCAUAUCCUACUGUGCCUUGCCCUCUACAUGUGUUUGAGCCAAGAUACCGACUGAUGAUUCGCAGAAGUAUGGAAACUGGGACUAAACAGUUUGGGAUGUGCAUAAGUGAUUCUCAGAACGGUUUUGCAGAUUAUGGGUGCAUGCUGCAAAUUAGGAACGUUCAUUUUCUACCCGACGGACGGUCUGUUGUUGAUACAGUUGGUGGAAAGAGAUUUAGAGUUUUACAGAGAGGGAUGAAAGAUGGUUAUUGCACUGCAGACAUCGAAUAUUUGGAAGAUGUUAAGGUUUCUGAUGAAGAAGAACUAAAGAAACUGAGAGAGCUUCACAAUUUUGUUUACAAUCAGGCCUGCAGUUGGUUCCAAAACCUAAGAAACAAAUUUCGCACUCAAAUUCUUCAGCACUUUGGGCCAAUGCCUGACAGGGAGGAAAAUAUACAGGCAAUGCCCAAUGGUCCUGCUUGGUGUUGGUGGCUUCUAGCUGUUCUUCCAGUAGACCCCAGAUAUCAGCUGUCAGUUCUCUCCAAGAUGUCUUUAAAAGACCGUCUGAUAAAAAUCCAACAUAUACUCACUUAUUUUUCUAGAGAGCAGUCCAAGUGACUAACCGCCCGGGUCUUCCUGAAAAGUCGCCCUGUUCUGGUUGUAGUAGCAGCUGGAAUUUUUGCUGCCUUUGCACAUCUAGCACUGGUUUGAGAAGUGUAAUGAAACUGCUUUUGUCUCUCCUCCCCACCCUCUGAUGAACCGUGGGGUUCUUUGAAUGCACGCUUUCUUCAACUAGGAGAGAAGACCACUGAUGAUUGCACCAAGUCAAUCCAGCUAAAUAUGUUCUUCAUGUUACCUACAUUACAAUUUGCACUACGUAGAAGAGAACAUUUUUAAGACUUGAUAAUUUUAGCCACUGACUUUUUAAAGCUGUGGGAAGUACAGGACUUAAGGCUGACAGUCCAAGUUUACAACACUGAGGAGGUAUUAAGUUUUGCAGAUAAGUUUGCCUCAUACAACUGUUCUUUUGCUGUUUGCACAAAUAUUUGAAAUAUAGUAUUGAAUGUCACUGUUGGAUAUUACUACUCAUGUUGAAUUAUCUUGACCAUGAAUAUGGCAGAUUUUUAAGUUAUCUUGUAAAUGUAUGCAUCACAAAGCAGGUGACAUUGUGAACUGUUUGCUGAACUGUGAGAGCCAAUUUUAAGAAACAAAUGCAAAAAAAAGGUACUUCUGUCUAAAAUACUUAAACUGUGAAUAUGGUUUACAUACCUAAGCCUGUACAUGUUAAAGAGGAAACUGAAAAUUAAAUGCUAGUACCGGUUAUGUUUCUUACUGGGCUUUUCCAGCUGGCUGUUCUUCCAGAGCACACACUUAGUUUAUAGAACUUAGAAGAAGAAAUCUUAGAGUGUGUGCACAUAUGUGUGUGGUGGGGAUUGUGUAUCCAGGAUUUAAAAGCUUAAAGUUUUAUUUGAACUUUUUAAGUUGGUAAAAAUGUGAGUUCUAUGCCUUAUCCAUAACAACAGUAGAGCACAUUGCAGUGGCAAGGUUAGCGUCAUGCUGCCAAUAGGUACUUUUUGUAAUUAAAGGUUUGCAUAUUUGUGAA